AUGGUUAAAACAAGGUCUUCAGCGAGAGUAGUCACCACAGCCCAGGGUUCGUCAGCUACGAAUGGAAACUCAUCUGAUCUUAGAACGAAAAAUAAAGGAUAUCCUAGGAACAGCCAAGGAAUACAAUCUGGUGCAACAGGCACAAGUUCCCAAGGCAAAGAUCCACUAGCACCAGGAAUGCAGGGCUCCCGCAACAUGUAUGGCCAGCACCCAGUGGUCGGGGGCUACAGUAUAGUCAAUAAUCCACAGGAUUCUAGGGCACAGAACCUACCUGUAACGAGUCGCCAGAACCCGAUGUACACGGGUAACAUGUACCACGGGUAUGGCGGGACGGGGUCAGCCACAUUGGCCCCCAUGCCUUCACCUUCGCCAACCUCAGUCAUGCCGCCGCCUUUCCCUGUACACCCUGAUGUUAAGUUUAAAAAGUUACCAUUCUAUGAUGUGUUAGCGGAACUAAUGAAGCCAUCCACAAUGAUGCCGAUACAACCAGGCCGAAUGCAAGAAGGCAGUUUCAUAUUCCACCUCACACCGCAACAAGCAACAGAUAUCGCCACAGGAAAGGAUUUAGUUGGAACAAGCAAUAAACUUGAUUAUGUCAUACAAGCUCAAUUAAGGUUUUGCCUGCUAGAGACAUCGUGCGAACAAGAAGACUACUUUCCACCUAGUGUUAAUGUUAAAGUAAACAAUAAAAUGUGUCCACUGCCAAACCCAAUACCAACAAACAAACCAACUCCGGAGCCAAAGAGACCUCCCCGGCCAGUCAAUAUCUCAUCCCUAGUAAAACUGUCUCCGACUGUGGUCAACACCAUCCAGGUGACAUGGGCGGCAGACUUCACAAGAGCAUAUGUCUUAAGUGUUUUCAUGGUGAAAAAGCUGACCUCUGCCGAGUUACUCAUGAGGCUGAAGAAUAAAGGGACCAAGAAUGCUGAUUAUACUAGAUCGCUAAUUAAAGAAAAGCUCGCGGAGGACUACGACAACGAAAUAGCGACGACGUCACUCCGCGUGUCCCUGAUGUGUCCGUUGGGCAAGAUGCGGAUGUCUUGUCCGUGCCGACCUGCCAACUGUCCGCACUUGCAGUGCUUCGACGCGUCUUUGUUCCUGCAAAUGAAUGAGAGGAAACCCACUUGGCUCUGCCCGGUCUGCGAUAGGCCGGCGCCCUAUGAUUCGCUGGUUGUUGACGGGUACUUCCAAGAGGUUCUGACCUCUCCCCGCUUAGCUACUGACUGCAAUGAGAUCCAACUCCUGGCAGACGGGAGCUGGUCGGCGCAUUCCCCUCCUCCACGAGUGCAGCAGGUGGCCCCUGUCGCGGAGCCUGUCACUCUCAUACCGGACGAGUUAGAAGUGAUACCGAUAGAGGGCAACAAUGCAGCAAAGAAAGCAGCGGUAGGAGAAAAUCGAACUCCAAAGCCCACUGAAGUCCUGGUAGAUCUCACCUCCGACUCUGAAGAUGAACUGCCUUUGAAAAGAAAGACUCCAGUACCAAAGUCCACUCCUCCUAUAGCUGAUCAGACUCCGAAAGAAGAAAACUAUAAUACUAAUAAUGGUCCCGAUGCGGUAUCAUCAAGCGGUUACCGAUCCCCGAGUAACAGUGGUGGCGUCAUCUCGCUAGAUAGCCCUUCGCCCCCCGCAGCGGGGUCUCCGCAGCCUCGCACCACCGAUACUAGGAGCGUCUCACCGGAACAUUGCACGAGUAACAGUGAACGCGCGCAGAUUGAAUCAUCGCCGUCCCAUUGGGCGCCUUACGCAGACUCCGAACAAAAUGACAAUUAUAGAAGGUAA